AUGGCUGAAGCACCGGCAUCCGGGCCAGAGAGACUCGAUGACCCUGAACGCCUGUGGAUCUGGGAAAGGCACGUGUACUUGGAUGAGCAUAAACGAAGCUGGCUGCCCAUAAUCCUCAAGACUGAUGAAAAAUUGCAGGUGAUCAUGCGCCAGCAAGAUGUCUCCUUGGGGUCUCCUAUGACCCCCGAACAGCUGACAGCAUACGAGCUACCUUUACUGUGGCAACUAUACCCAGGGAAAAGGUACCGAGGCAGUGACUCCAAGUUCUGGCUGAUACUGUACCACGUCAAGUUCAGAGGCGUAGAGGACAUGUUACUUGAACUGUUGGAGUCCGAAGAAUAUCUAUGA